GUAUACGAGGGUUAGGACUUUUACACGAUAAAUAGUAGAAUAUGAAAGCAAAUAGAAUUAGUCAUAAAAAUGAUACCAGUUAUGCACCUUGUUACAGAACAAUUAAAACGAAAUAAUUUUAUAGUGCCAUUAUUUUUAAGGCAAUUAGAUUCUGGAAUUAAGUUUACCCAGAGUGUAAGAAAAAAAUACAGCAAGUACGAUUCACAGAAUCUAAAUAAUUUAUUUCACCCAGUUUCUGUAAAGAAAAAUGUGGAUGAUGCAAACGUUGGUGUCGAAUUAACUGGUUCUAUAAGUAAACACAAAGUGAUACAGAUCUUAUGUGACUUUGCAAAACAUGCAGUAGUUAAAGAAUUAAGUACAAAAUAUGGAUUAGAUGAUGUAAUCUUCACCUCAGCAAUGUCAAAUUUUCGAAGUCAUUGUAUAGAAUCUGAACAGUUACCUACAGAUCUUCAUAUUAUUAUAAGUGAUAUUAUAAAAGGAGGUGGAAAUAUUACAGAUAUAUUUCCAUAUUUUUUAAGACAUGCCAAACAAAUGUAUCCACAUAUUGAUUGCUUAGAUGAGCUAAGAAAAAUCAGUGACUUAAGAAAUCCACCUUAUUGGUAUCCUAUAGCGAGAUCUAAGAAAAGAAAAAUUAUAUUUCAUGCUGGACCUACAAAUAGUGGCAAAACGUAUCAUGCGUUAAAAAGAUUUAUGACAGCAAAAAGUGGUGUUUACUGUGGACCUUUAAAGUUAUUAGCUAGUGAAGUUUUUAGCAAGUGUAAUUCUAUGGGUACUCCAUGUGAUCUAAUAACAGGAGAAGAACACAGAUACGCAAAGAAUGCAGAAUCCCCUGCAAAUCAUACAUCAUGUUCUAUAGAAAUGGCAAAUAUACAAAAUGUUUAUGAAGUAGGAAUAAUCGAUGAAAUUCAAUUAAUACGUGAUCCAAGUAGAGGAUGGGCAUGGACAAGGGCUCUUCUUGGACUAGCAGCAGAUGAAAUACAUUUGUGUGGUGAAUUUGCUGCUAUUCCUAUGGUACAAUCUAUUUGUUUAACAACAGGAGAAUCAGUAGAAAUAAAAGAAUAUAAACGAUUGACUUCGCUUGAAAUAGAGGAGUCGGCACUCUGUUCCUUAAAAAAUAUUCAACCAGGAGAUUGUAUAGUUUGUUUUAGUAGAAAUGAUAUAUUUUUAGUAUCAAAUGUUAUUGAAAAAAUGGGUCAUAAAGUAGCUGUAAUAUAUGGUAGUUUACCACCAGGUACAAAAUUAGCACAAGCUGCAAGAUUUAAUGACCCCAAUGAUCCUUGCAAAGUAUUAGUGGCUACCAAUGCAAUAGGAAUGGGUCUUAAUUUGCAUAUUCGAAGAAUUAUAUUUUAUUCAAUUACUCAACCAACUGUCAAUGAAAAAGGAGAAGUGGAGAUUGACACAAUUUCUGUAUCGUCUGCAUUACAAAUAGCAGGUCGCGCUGGUCGUUAUGGAACACAGUGGUCGAAAGGAUUUGUAACAACUUUUAAACCUGAAGAUCUUCCUUUAUUAAAAAAUUUACUGCAGCAAACCCCAGAAGAAAUUCACCGAGCUGGACUUCAUCCAACGGCAGACCAAAUAGAAUUAUAUGCCUAUUAUUUACCAAAUGCACCGUUAUCAAAUCUCAUUAAUAUCUUUAUUGCGUUAUGCGAACUUGAUCAUACUUUGUACUUCAUUUGCAAUUUGGAUGAUUUUAAAUUUCUUGCUGAUACAAUACAACAUAUACCUUUAUCUCUUCGUACACGAUAUGUGUUUUGUUGUGCACCAAUCAAUAGAAAAAUACCUUUGUCAUGCAGUAUGCUUUUAAGGUAUGCUCGACAAUGUAGUAAAAAUGAGCCGGCAACUAUUUUAUGGUUACGCGAACAAAUUAAUUGGCCUCCUAAAACGCCAUUGAAUAUUACUCAGCUUUUACAUUUAGAAAGCUUAUUUGAUGUAUUAGACGUCUACUUGUGGUUAAGUUAUCGAAUGCCAGAUUUAUUUCCUGAUGCAGAUGCAGUUAGAAAAUUACAAGAGGAAUUAGACAAAAUUAUUGAAGAAGGAAUUGAAAAAAUUGCAAAAUUAUUUAAGAAACCGAAAGCAGAUUUUGAGAUAUCUAAUGAAACACGAUAUGACGAUAAGUUCAACGAAGGUAAAUAUCGAAAAGAUAAAUUAAGCCAGUCGUUGGUAUCUAAAGGUCUUCUAACGCCAAAAAUGUUAGAACAACUAAAAGUAGAAUGGUCCACGGAACACAAAUCGAAAGAGAGAGGACGUAAACAUAAAUUUCGUAGAUAAAAAAAAAUCGUCUUA